CUCAUGCCUCCGCCGCUCAUCGUGGCUAACCCCGACGUGGUGACGGUGGACGGGUCGCAGCUGGUGCCUAUGCCCGGCAGCCUUGCAGCGGUGUACGGCGGGGCUGGCGGACGGGUGGUGUUGAUGGGCAAGCCGGCGGCGCUGAUCUACUCGGCUGCGGGGGCGGCGCUGGGGCUGGGGCCGGGAGAGCUGCUGGCGGUUGGGGAUUCGUUGGAGCAUGACAUUGCGGGCGCGGCGGCCGCGGGUAUCGACUCGCUGCUCAUCGCUGGCGGCAUCCACGCGGGGGAGCUGCUGCCGGGAUCGACCCAUGGGUCGGUCGACGGAUCUCCUCCGUCCGGAGCCCAACAGGGAGACGCUUUCGCUGGUGAUGAGGUCGCUGUAGACAUGGCGGCGCUUGA